AUGGGGUCCAGUAAUUCGAAAUCACCAAACUCGACUAGAACAGUUCACGAAGAUGUACAUAAUUCAUAUACACCCGAGCCGGAACCAGAUAUCAACAUUAAAACAGAUGGUGAAGAUGUCUAUGAUGAGCCACAGCAUGAUUUUUUCCGCUCACAAACCAAUUCAGAGUUCUAUAACGUUCCUCCACCAAUCACCAUUCUUAAAGACGACGAAACGUCUUUUGAAACAGAUCAGCACAAAGGGAAAGAAAGCGAAAUUCAUCUCAUUACCACAGUGACAGAGGAAACUCCUGAAGUUGACGAACCGCAGGAGAAUGGCAUCGAGGAAGACAUUAUCACUGAACAAGAACCAGCGGACGAAGAAGUAAUCCUGGAACAAGAACCCGAAGAGGAGGAAGUUAUCUUCGAGCAAGAACCCACAGAAGUUGAGGAAGAAAACGUGGAGGACGAAAUGGGACAAAACGAUAUCGUUGAGGAGUAUAAUGAAAGUCCAAAUCCAUACGAAGAACAGGAAGAAUUUACUGAGAAUAUGCAAUCACAAGAAGACAUUCAGGGAAUACCUGAUGAAAACCAAGAGGAACCACACACAGAAGAGAACACAGAGGAUCAAGGACCAAAGGUUGAAGAGGUGACAGAACAACCACAAGAGGUGGAAGAUGAACAGCAAGCAGAGGAGAAGGAAGAGGAAGAAGAAACAGAACAUCUGACGGAGAAAUGGAAACCAAAGACUGCUUUAGAGGCUGUGUAUGACAAACCGGGAUUCGAAGACGAAGAAUCGUUCCCUCUUACGCAACCUCCAAAAGUUGAAACGGUAGCUUACGUUGAGGAGGGUGAUGACGAUGAAGACGAGAAAUUUGACAUGACACUUUCUGCUGAAAUGUCUGAAUUCUUCGCCAAACCCUACGAAACCAUGACAUUUGAUUUCAAUCUAGCGACUGGACAUUUAAAACCCAUAAGAGAGUUUGUGACCAAGUGGGGGUUUUAUAAAGCUGUCCCAACCCCCGAUGUUCUAAAAAGAGCACAAAAGGCCGUCAGACACUUCAAUAUCCCAGCACCAAAGACUGAACGUGGGUAUCCUCUCCCAUUUCCACUGUUCUUUAUGAAACCUCCGGAUCUGGCACCCUUUCAAAUGAUCGAAAGUACUUUGAAAUUGAAGGAAUCAAAGAGUUUCGGAGCUGUAAUGAAAUUAAUAAAGAAUAUGAAAAAUGUGGUGCAUGAUGAUGAAGUAAAAGUUCGAAUAAUCAUGAAGUGGAUGUCACAACAUUCUCAUAAAAUUCCACCGCUGGGUAAGAGUGGAAAGUCCGAUUUUGCAGGAAAUGCCCAAGUUCACCUCUUCUACAAAUUUUGCAAAAUGUUAAACAUUGAAUGUGCUGUCAUUGAGGGUAGACGAAAGCUUUAUCAAAGAGAGCCUAGUUCAAAACCAGGAAAACGAGCAGUCAGGGCCGUUUGGUGUGCUGUACUUGUAAACGGUCACUGGCAAUUUGUAGACCCCAGUCUACCAGGAUUGAAGGAAAUGAAGAAAAUGAAUGAUGAAAAGACUGAACCAGAAUCUGAGAAAUCUUGGCUGAGAACAAUGCGGACAAAGAUUGGUGAGUACUAUAGCCUCCCAGAUCCGACAUUCUUCGUAUAUACACAUCUACCAGACGUAGAAUACUGGCAGUUACUGUGCAGACCUGUCCUGGAAACAGAAUGGUACAACAUGGUCUGUGUGUCUCCAUUCUUCUUUCAUUAUGGAUUCGACCUUCAGUCAAAGGUGACAUACAACGUAAAGUGCAAUGGCAAUUAUCUUAUUUUAACCUUCACGUACCCCUCGGACAAAAUGUUUAUUUUCACUACCUCAAUUGUUCCCAACCCUCCAAAGAAUCCACCAUACGUUUGUAUUGAAUCUGACUUUGAUGGAAAAUCUCUUUCAAUCGAGGUGUUUGUGAGACAGAAGGGAACGUACUUUCUCCACAUAUACUUCAAAGAUUUAGGUAGUGAAUGUCGAGACUUCUUGUAUUUGUGUACCUACUGUCUAGAAAUUACCAAACCCAAUGUGGAUGCAUUCGAUGCUUUUUUUGUAAAUGCACGUCAGCACUGGGGACCUGCAGAUGACACUCUCGAUGCUGGACUCAUUCCUGUUACGCAUGUCACAAGCGAAAUCGAAUGCGGUAAAGAGUUUCUGGAUAUUGUGUUCGAUUUACAAAAUGAUUUAAAUCUCCACUGUUCUUUAAUAGACAAAGAUGGUCGUGAUCUUUCCCGCCAUAUUGCUUUCUGGGUUUAUGGGAAAAAGUUCAAUAUCAAGGUCACAUGUCCAGGAUUCCAAAAAUGUGCUUUGGAAAUCUUCACAAAAAACGAAGACGAUCGUUCAUUGAGAACAAUCUGUAACUAUCGUGUACAAUUCAUCGGUAACAAUAGAGAAGCUAAACCGAUAAUGGGAUUUCCACCAAGCAUGACGAAACUUGGUGUUACUGAGGCGGGUGAGCUUCUUAAUUGCAUGCCACUUUUCCCAAACCCUUGCGUUAGUACAAUGUCUGAAGAAACUACCCUCCAGUUUACCAUAGAUCCGUCUGAAUCAAUCAUUUUCCCGUCACUGAAGUAUGUUUCUGAUAAACUGUAUAAUACAGAUUCUUAUAUGGCUUGGUUUCUAGAUGAUGACGGAAAAUUAUCAGUAUCUAUCAACCCUCUUAGGGAUGGAUUAUAUCUCUUGUCAGUCCAAACGAAAUAUAGUAUAGAUGUAGUGGAGAAUACUAUGCUUUAUUUCGGGCUCAUUAAUGUGGAAAUUCCUUCAAGUCAGUGGGCACCUUACCCAGAAAGGUCUGUAGAUGUUCAGAGACAAAUUAAGAUACUGGAACCCAAAACUGGGUAUCUCCGUGCAAAGGAGGAAUACAACUUUUCAUAUCAGAUCAAAGAUGAGGCCCAAGAUGUUGCUAUGGUAACCAGCAAUGGUUGGUGCCAUCUUGAAAAGAAAGAUCCGAAUAUAUGGGAGGGUACCGCACUAACCGGACCAAAGGGGACAGAUGUCACGUUGAAUGUGAGGUUUGAAGUUGGAUCACAAAAGUUCACUAAACUCUUGACAUACAAGGCAAUUGAUAAAAAAGAAUACGAGGCUAGAACCAAACGACAAGAGCAGAUAAGAACACAGAAGAUGAUGGCGUUCGCCCAAGACGAUGAAAAAGUCAAACCUCCAGAAAAAUUGUCUCUUAUGGCGGAGAGACAUAGAAAAGAUGCAAAGUCAAACAACAAAAAGGGUAAACAAGGGAAAAAAGGCAAUACAUCACGAGACAAGAAAGCAAUUGGCACAGAAUCCCAAAAAGAAAAUGCCAUUAAAGGAAAGACUACGAAUACACCUAGAUCGAAUCUAACAAGAGAAUCACAAGGUUCUAUUUCAGAGGAACCUGCAGACAAGAAAGCAAUUGGUACAGAAUCCCAAAAAGAAAAUGCCAUUAAAAGAAAGACUACGAAUACACCUAGAUCGAAUCUAACAAGAGAAUCAUUAGGUUCUAUUUCAGAGGAAUCAGCAGCAAGAGAAUCAGUUAGAAAACGGGAAACUUUAAAUAAAAAAGACGAUUCUGAAACACCACAAACCAGUCAAGAUACCCAGAAGGAGAUUAAAAAGGACCCACGACCCUACGAUAACCAAAGACAGGAAAGUAAUUCUGAAUCUGGUGCGAAGGCGCAUACGACACGAAGAGCGUUGAAAACAAAUGUAAAGGAAUCUGUUAAAGAGGAUGUAAAGGAAUCUGUUAAAGAGGAUGUAUCAGAGAGGAAAGAUAGAGUACGGAAAACCUCGAACAAGAUCACAAAACAUAGAUUCAGAAAAUUUUCUGCCGAUUCUAAAUCUUCUGGUUCAGAUGGGAGCAAUCGGUCAAUAACGAGUGAGAAACAGAAACAAACUUGCAACGAUAAGCAAAGACAGGAAAGUAAUUCUGAAUCUGGUGCAAAGACGGAUACGACACGAAGAGCGUUGAAAACAAACUCAAAGGAAUCUGUUAAAGAGGAUGUAUCAGAGAGGAAAGAUAGAGUACGGAAAACCUCGAACCAGAUCACAAAAUAUAAAUUCAGAAAAUUUUCUGCAGAUUCUAAAUCUUCCGGUUCAGAUGGGAGUAAUAGGUCAACAACAAGUGAGAAACAGAAACAAACUCACAAACCUCCGAGUUCUAACGCCAAAGUAUUGAGUAAAAAAAUGGAUAUGGCCACCAGGGCCAUUAAAGACUCUGUGGAUAAUGAGAUAAAAGACAAAGAGCCAUCUGUUGACGCUGAAACAGAAGAGAAAGCAAUAUCCGAAACCGGUAACUCACAAGACGAUUUACAACUCGUUGCUAUCAGCGAACCCGAAACUCUGAGUCCAGCAACGAUUGCAAGACUAAAAGCCAAGAAACGAGGAAUAUCUAAACAAAAUGGGAGGAAAAUAGCAAUAUCCGGCCCCGCUGGUACAGUGGCCUCCCCUCGGAUUUAUGUCUCCUGA